AUGACAGGUAAUGAUCUCUCAAGUAACAGAUUAGCAGGUGAUAUUCCCAUUGAACUAGGGAACUUGAGCAAAAUACAUGCCUUGAACUUAUCGCACAACCAUUUUGUCAGAAGAAUCCCAGGUACCUUCUCCAAUUUACAUGAUAUCGAGAGUUUAGACCUAUCAUACAACAGCUUGAAUGGGAGAAUUCCUGUUGGCCUGCUUGAGCUAUAUAGUUUAGCAAUCUUUAGCGUAGCAUACAAUAACCUAUCCGGUGCAGUACCACCAUCUAAAGCUCAAUUCUCAACUUUCGACAAAAGAAGCUAUGAGGGGAAUCCUUUGCUUUGUGCUUAUCCAUUAGACAACGAGUGUAGCAGUACUAAAUCGUCAGAUACAUCUAAUGAUGGAAGUGGUGAUUCAACAGGAUUUGUGGAUACGGAGAGUUUCUACAUAAG